UUUGACAGAAAUACCCCACUUUUUUUUUUACUCUUCCUCAAAUCGUCUUAAUAGAUGAUUUGUCAAUUCGUCGUCGUCGUUGUUGUUGUUGUUGACGCACUCGCGCGGAUAGAUACUCGCCCCUCACCGCCCCUCCCUCCCUCUCUGCUAGCAGCCCGGAUGGUGCUGUCAUUAACCAGAGAAUAAAUUCCCCUUUAACGGUGGUAUUUGUGUGUUAAUGGUUAUUAUGGUUGAUUUUAUAAGCACAUAAGGUCACACAUGAAACAUCUGUUGUUCUGUGGUCCGCGGGCGACACAGUGCGGCAGCGAUGCGCACGGUGUGACGGCUAGACGGAUCCAGAGGAGGAGUGUGGGGGGGGGGGGGGGUUGGUGGGGGCUCGUUCUCUGCCGCUGUGUUCGUCGACUUUUCGCAGAGUUGUCGGUCACAUUCAGGGGUGUUGCGAGUGCUCCGCUUUGGGCUCCCUGCUUCCCCUUUUCCCACCGCCUUUUUGUGGGAUGCGACGUCACUGAGUCGGUCUCAGCCUGACGGACGUCGCCGUGUUGUAGCCGCACGGGCACAGUCUCUCUCCGCGCUCUCGCUUUAUUUAUUUAUUUUUCUGGACGGAUGAUUCUGUGAAAACGGUCCGUGCGAUACAUGCCAAGUCGUCGCUCUGCGCUCGGACGGAUCGCGACGCUCGUUUAAGCCCUCGGGUUUCCCCGUAAAAUGAUCCCUGGAUCCGCCGCAUCAAUGCUACCGUCUGCAGAAGCCGCGAAACUGUACCAAACCAAUUACGUCCGCAACUCGCGGGUCAUCGGACUUCUAUGGGCCAUUUUCACUAUCCUGUUCGGCAUCGUUAACGUCACCAUCUUCUCUCAGCCCUACUGGAUCGGGGAUGGGAUGGACACGCCGCAGGCCGGCUACUUCGGCCUCUUCCACUACUGCGUCGGGGACGGCAUCGCCAGGGAACUGGCCUGCCAGGGUACCUUCACCGAGUUCGCCGCUAUCCCCUCCACUGCGUUCAAGGCCGCCUCCUUCUUCGUCGGAAUGUCCAUGAUGCUGGUGUGGGCCUGCAUUGGCUGCUUCAGCCUCUUCUUCCUCCUCAGCACCUCCACCGUGUACAAGAUCUGCGGUUGGAUGCAGGCGUUGUCGGGUGUCUGUCUGGUGCUGGGUUGCAUGAUCUAUCCUGAUGGUUGGGACAGUGACGAGAUUCGGCGGAUGUGCGGAGAGCAGACAGACAAGUACAGCCUGGGAGCCUGCUCAGUGCGUUGGGCCUACAUCUUGGCUAUUAUGGGCAUCCUGGACGCUCUCAUCCUGUCCUUCCUGGCCUUCGUCCUGGGGAACCGGCAGGACGGCCUCAUGACCGAAGAGCUGCUGGCUGAGAGCAAGGAGGGAGGCAACGCCUAACCAAAUCUUCUAGGUUCCUAAAUUUCUGUUUUCAUGAAGUACCAGUCAACCCCUCAACAUCAGUUUGGAGGAGGGAGGCCAUCCCGGUCUGUGGAGGAGAGGAUUACUUUGGAAACAGCCAGGCUGCCUUUCACAAUUUCCUGCCAGUAACCCCAGUGUAGCUUGCCAUGAAAGCCCAUACAUUUUGCUUGCAGUCCCUAAAUCAUCCCCAGCGUUUAGAUGGAGCCCAAUUCACUUUUAUCCCAAUCUGUCUGCAGACGUAACCCUUCGGUAACAUUGAUUACACCAUGGCAUGGGCAGAGACUGUUAUUUUGUUGGGAAAUGUAUGGACUACCCACUACCUACCCGAGAAGGCACAGGGUUUACAUGGUACACCUGCAAUAUAUGAGCACAGACACAAACACACGCCGACAACUCACUCAUAUGCACAAACACGACUCAACACGCGCACAGUACAUUCAAACCAAACAUCAGCAUACUCUGUAAUUAAAGUAUUAAACUAUGUUAACACUUAGCCGUGUGUACCACCGUCAGAACGUGUGUCAUGUUUUAUUUGUGAAAAGAAGAAACUGCUCACUUUUAGAUAAUAUCGUUGACGUAAAUCUGUUGUGUUUCAUAUGUGGAGUUUGACAAUGAAAUGACAGUCUUAGUUUUUUUCUUUGCUCAAACACCCCUUUGUUUCUCUUCAACUACUAGAAGGAAAAAUAUAUAUUUAAGAUAUUUUAUAAGAAUAUUGUCAUCCAAAAGAGAAGAAAAUCUUGUAUUUAAAAGGAGUUUAAAAGUAUGUACAGUGAAUAUUAAAGAGGAAUUUUAAGAGUUCCAUGCAAUGCCCUGCUAGCUAAGUUUGCACAGCGCUUCAGUUUGAGAAGAAAUAUAAUAUUUUAUAGUCUGUGGUAUCUACACUGUGACGGAGGCUAUUAGGACUGUGUGCUGCAGGACUUGUAUGCUGCUGUGUGAGGGUACCUCUGUGUGUGCAUGAGUGUAUGUAUGUGAGAGAGAGAGCAAGCAAGGAGGUCUGUUGACAUGUCUGAGUGAGUGUAAGUGCAUGCACAUCUGUGAGUGUUGGUGUGCAACAGUUGGCUUAAAGAACCAAUACGCCAGGCCGACACACAACGGUCCUGCUGGUUAGCUGUCUGCCUCUCCCUUUUUGUCUAGUUCUCUCUUUCUGUUUUUCUCUCGUUGACUUUUGACUCCCUUUCUUGCUUUGUUUUGUUGGGACUUACAGGGUAACAUGAUGGAGUAUUAUGUAUAAUGACUGGUGUGGCCGAGGAGUGAAUUCCUCUGGUGUUGGGCUAGUAAAGCCUGUCCCAGCAUCACCUGUGGAUAUGUUCCUAUGUAAAUAGAUAAUCUAUAGAUACCAAAAAAUGAGGUUCACUUAGACCAAUUCAUGAGUUUCCUUUAAGAAUAUAUUAACACUUAAUAAAGGUUUUCACUGUAAAA